AGAACCAAAAUAUCUAAAAAUCACAACUAAACCAAUCUUUUUUACUCAAAAGAUCAAACAGAUUACAAAGAAAGAAAAUGCAGGGAGCGCUUUACAUCAAACCAACCAUUCUUCUUCCUCUUCCUUCUUCUUCAGUUUCUUCUCCAAAGCUCAGUCUUCUUCUUCCUCACGCAACUAAAGCUUCAAGACUCUCAUCUCUAAGAUCAAACAACACAUCAUCAUCUCCUUCAACAUCUGAUCCUAACACCGUCGACUACAACUCCUCCAUCCUUUCUGUUUUCCCAGCUGAAGCAUGCGAAGUAAUCAGCGGAUACGCUUGUUCUGCUGACAUUUACCCUGAAGUCAAGCUCGAAUCAAAGCCCGUCUCACGUCCCGUGGUUUCAGAGCCUGUUGACAGAGAAUACGAAGAGUAUAACAACACCAAAACCGUCUUCCGCGAAGAGGCCUGCGAUGAUCUUGGUGGAGAAUUCUGUGAACCUGACUAUCAAAAAGAUGCCAACUAGAAGAAACAAGAUUUUUUUUAUGUGAUGUUGUGAAUAUGUGUUUUAUAUCUUUACAAAUUCUCCGUAACCACCCCCUUAAUUUAUGAAACCUAGCUUCUUACGAAUCA